AUUUCACCUGUUCUCUACUUCACCUCCUGCUAUUUAAGCCCUGUGCAUUCAUUCGCUCCCCGCUGGAUCAUUGACCUGCAUGCCUUCAUGGAAUCUGUUUUUUGGACUCUGUUUUCCCCUCCACUGGCUUUCCCUCACUUGGACUCAGUUCUUGUUUUGGAUUCUCGCUAGCCUUGUUUUUGUCUCCAGCCAGUAGCUCCAGUCUCGUCUCCGUUCACCCCAGAUUUCCUGAGCCUGCUUCCCUACCUCUUCUGUUCACUUCCCCCAUUUUUUAUUCACUUGCCUGCCAGUUUCUGAGAGUCUGCGCUUGGGUUCUCCGACGUCCCCCCGUAACAAACACACCAUAUUGAUCUAUUCUUUAACCUCACUGUUGACUGAUCAGAGUUCAGAUUAAAUUAAAGUUGAUGCUUGUUUUCAGCACAUGAGCCAAAGUUUGAUAAGGGCGAACUGAUUUGCAGCUACGAUGCUGACAUUGCUGUUGCUGCUGAUUCUGUCUUCAGUCGGUCUGCAGAAAAGUCAGAACUCGCAGGAUGGAAAUGUCUCCUCACCGAGUCCAGAUCUUGAGCACAAAGUCCCUGAAAUCCCUGCAAACAUAUCAGUGUUCACAUCACGACGAUUUCUGGAGAGUUCCAGGGCUUCUCGGCAUAUCCGUGAUGCAGAGGGGAAUGUUGAUCAUGGAAAACUGAAAUGGAAAGGACGGUGGUGGUUCAAUGAUCUCCCCGAUGGAGCUUUUUCCAUUUUCAAUGAUUACACUGAGCGCACUGAGGUUCUCUGCAAAUUCGAAUGCCGUAGCGGCACCUAUAUCCCCAGCGAACAUUCUGGACUUGCCGUCGGCUGUACCAACGAUGGGAAGUGGGGGACCAAUUAUGCUGAGUACCUUGUGAAUGAAGAUGACUUUGAGAUCUUGGAGUGGAAGGACGGUUAUUAUGGUUCAGUGCCCCAAAACUCAGUCAGAAUAUGUGAGGAUGAAGAAAUCUAUGUUGGGAAAAACAAGUACGGUCUUGGGAAGGUGGAUCCUAAGCAAAAGUGCUUCUUCCUCCCCUGGGGAGGUAGUGAGUACUGGUACAGGAGCUACCAGGUUCUGGCCAUCAACAAAGACGUUGAGAGCAACUUCAUGACCGACAUCAGGUACCACAUUGAUGAUGCUAAAAUUGUCUCGUACCCUCCUGAGACGAUGCGCACAUCUGUUGUCACCAACUAUGAGUGUAAUCAAGUGUCAAAGUCAGCGACUCUCACAAAGACGACCCAGGAGCAGAAAAGGUGGGACCUCAGCUCUUCCAUCACACUCGGUGUCAAGACAGAAUUCAAAGUAGGGAUCCCCAGAAUCGUGGAGGGAAGAGUUGAGGUCAGCACAGAGACAACAUUCCAGGCAUCAGGUGGACAUUCCAUGACGGAAGAAAUCUCCCACUCUGUUUCUGUGAACAUCGAUGUCCCUCCAAACCACUCCUGCACAGUGCGAAUGGUGGGUCAUAAGUAUAAGACAGACAUCCCUUUCACUGCACGCUUCAGACGCACCUACAGGAACGGGAAAACCAAAUGGACGUCCAUCUCUGCAAAGUACGACAGCAUCGCGGUUGGGGAAGUUCAUGUCGUGGUAGAUCGGUGUACACCUGUAGGUAACGCCACCCCUUGCCCCCAGAGAACGUCAUGAGAUAGUUGACAAUCAGUCUGUAGCAUCAUUAAAACUCUCAUGUAAUUCUGAUCCUAAUUCACAGUCUGUUCCACAAAAACAAAUGUGUGUCGAUACAAUACCUUAGAUAUGUAUACAAAUACACAUUCAAACAAAAAUGUUCUGUUUGAUUCAAGUCAGGCAACACACUUGACCAGGUCUGUUCCACAAAAAAAUGUGCAAAGACAACGCCUUGGAAAUGUGUCUGUCAAAAUAAGUUCUGCUUUACGGAUCAAAAUAAAAUAUAAUGUCCACCUUUGAAAA